AUGAGGAGUGUGUUAAUACUCGUCUUGUAUUGGUCUGCCGUCGUACAAACGACAGCCGAAGAGUUGUCCAAGAAUGUAUUAGACUUUCUGACGUACGCAACUGGUGAUUUUGAUAAUAAAGUUCAAGUUCACCUAAAGGGACAGGAGUACGACUUGAUUCAGUCCAGGGCUCGACGUGUCCAUGUGCCCUCUUUAGAACCAAACAUUACGCUGUUCAUUGAACAAGCCACUAGUGGAGUGAUCAAGUUCUUUAACUUGGGUAUAGUUACGGAGGGACCUGGCAACACUGUUUCUAUGAAACUUUACAAUUUUACUGAUUACUCUGAUAUCAAGUUCGGAAGUUACGAUCUGGACAAGAUCUCGCAGGUGAAACCGGAACAACUCCAGAGCGAUGACAAGUGUGUGGCUUCAUUUGAGAUCUGGGGUAAAGGGUUGAUGGUUGCGGUGUAUCCCAACUGUAGGUAUACUGAAAAUGGGGAACAUCCAAACAUGCUCAUAACCUACGCUUGUGAUUUUGUCACGGUGACCUACCCUCCCAACACCGGCCAGAAACAUACAGCUGCCCCUUAUGUCUUUCAGCACAAGUCGACAGGCGAACCGCUGGAGGGCGCCCCAAACGACUACAUUAGUCCCUGCGACAACUGA